GCGGACACAGGAAGCACAUGGAGGCAGCUCAGUCACACAACCCGGUGUUCACAUGUUAGUCCUGGAGAGCAGCAAGAUGGCGGAGGAGCCGCUGGACAGUGAGGGAAUGGAAAGUUAUGAAAAGUUCCUUCAGAGAAAAGAAGAACUUGCUUCUCAGGAACGGUAUGAAGAGGAUAAUGAGGAAGAAGAGGAAGAUGAUGAUGACGACGAUGAUGGAUGGUACUGGGAACACAGCAGCACACACAUUACUAAGCAGUAUACAAGAGGGAGUAACCCCCAGGCUAACAGACAAGAUAUGAAUAAGAGCUCAUCUAAGGCGUAUACAGCGACGGACAAAGUCUUACAGAAGUAUGAACACAAGAUUAACCUAGGUAAAUUGACUCUUUCUGACUCUGUUAUGAACAAAGUCACUGAAAAAUCCAGACAAAAAGAAUCAGACCAGUAUCGGGUCAAAGACAAAUCUGAUAGAGCUACUGUUGAACAGGUCUUGGAUCCUAGAACAAGGAUGAUUCUUUUUAAGAUGCUUACGAGAGGGGUCAUAUCAGAAAUUAAUGGCUGUAUCAGCACAGGCAAAGAGGCAAAUGUCUACCAUGCUAGCACUUCAGAUGGAGGAAGCAGAGCCAUUAAAAUUUACAAAACGUCAAUCCUGAUGUUCAAAGAUCGUGAUAAAUAUGUGAGUGGGGAAUUCAGGUUUCGUCAUGGCUAUUGCAAAGGGAACCCUCGAAAAAUGGUGAAGACAUGGGCUGAAAAAGAAAUGCGGAAUUUAAUACGGUUGACCACUGCCGGGAUCCCCUGCCCAGAGCCAGUGAUGCUGAGAAGUCACGUUCUUGUUAUGGGAUUUAUUGGUAAAAAUGAUUUACCUGCUCCAUUGUUGAAGAAUGUCCAGUUGUCAGAAUCGAAGUCUCGGGAGAUUUAUUUGGACAUUAUUCAUUACAUGAGAAGAAUGUACCAGGAUGCCAGACUCGUACAUGCAGAUCUUAGUGAAUUUAACAUCCUUUACCAUAAUGGACAGACGUAUAUCAUUGACGUGUCUCAGUCCGUGGAACAUGAUCAUCCGCAUGCCUUGGAAUUUCUAAGAAAGGACUGUGCCAAUGUGAAUGACUUCUUUGUGAAGUACGGAGUCGCAGUAAUGACUGUACGAGAACUUUUUGAAUUUGUUACGGACCCGUCGAUUAAUCAGGAUAACAUGGAUGCGUAUUUAGAGAAGGCAAUGGAAAUAGCUUCUCAAAGAACAGAAGAAGAAAGAUCAAAUCAAGAUAAAGUGGAUGAAGAGGUAUUUAAAAAAGCGUACAUUCCCCGAACUCUAAAUCAAGUUAAGAACUACGAGAGGGACGUUAACUUAAUGCAGAAGCUGAAAGAAGAAGACAUGUCCCUCAACACCCAACAGGAUAACAUUCUCUAUCAGACUGUGACGGGCUUGAAGAAAGAUUUAUCAGGUGCUGAGACGGUACCAGCUUUGCUUCACAGAAGUGACGAUGAGGAGCAUGAUGGAUCAGGCUGUGAUACUGACAGUGGUGAGGAGUCAGGGUCAGACUCUGAAGAUGUUCACCCCAAAGAUCAAACUCCUGCCUCUGAAUUAGAUAAGAAGGAAAGAAAAAGGCUAGUCAAAGAAGCCCAAAGAGAGAAGAGAAAGAACAAGAUUCCAAAACACGUGAAGAAGAAGAAAGAGAGGGCUGCAAAAACAAAGAAGGGCAAAUAGACCUUUGCUGAUGUACAGCAAGGGUGCACUGACUGUGUGAUAAUCUUACAGAUGAGCUGGCAGCGAUACACUGUGUGUACAGGCA